UUGACAGUACUGUAGCGCCCCCACCCCACCCUCCAUCGAACCCCCUCCUGCCUCACCCUUCAUUCCCCCCUUCUGCUGAUAAAUGUGUUUUUCUUAAAGGAAGAAGGUGGUUGGUUGAAAGGAGUCUCUUUUAAUGUAGCUUUUUUUGUGUGUGUGUGUGUGUGUGUGUGUGUGUGUGUGUGUGUGUGUGUGUGUGUGUGUGUGUGUGUGUGUGUGUGUGUGUGUGUGUGUGUGUGUGUGUGUGUGUGUGUGUGUGUGUGUGUGUGUGUGUGUGUGUGUGUGUGUGCGCGUGUGUGCGCGUUUGCAUUGCUAAUGCAGCGCAGGGCCGUUGCAGCAGGGGCUACAGGCAGGCAGACUCGAAGGCAGGCCCGCAACCUCGACCCCAGCAUCAUUUGUUUGGACGAGGGCCGUCAGCGCCUGUCGCGCGGCCCAUGAUGAAGUGUCAGUUGAAUAAGGGCUUGUCCAUGCAAUCGAUGCAGGCAGUCCACCAGCCGGAAGCCCAGUUGGCCAAAGAGCACGCCACUCAAUCAGUCUGAACAGCAACACACAAAGAGCUGCUGGCAAGUCACAGAGAGGCUGUUUGAAUGCAGACACUAGGAGGAGAGCUUAGCCAUGUGAUCAGUUUACGCUCCCCUGAGCCCUCCGCAGUGGAAGAGUGUUGCAACCACUAUCGCCCCCAUCACCACUAUCCUCGCUCCUGACUGCAGUCAUCAAAGUCACCUGUUCCUGACUCAACUUGUCCACUGUCUCCUUCCCCCGCUUCAUCUUGGAGAUAAGGAAUUGUUCUUGUUUUCUAAACCGGCUUAUUCAGGAAUACCAACAAGAUUUGUGUCUUGGUGACAUCUACAGGAGUCAUCUACGGACCCCAGCUCUCAAGUUUCCCAUUCGUAAGGAGUUUACAAACUUCUCUUUUGGAAUAUCUACUCAUGCAGUGCCCCUAUGGGGAAUUAAACCAGCACAGGAAUCCACAUUGACCCCAUUUCAGCUGGGUCAGACCUUCUUAAGGUGGUUUUUCAGUGAAGUAUAUUUGUGACUGGAGGUGGACUACGCCAUCAUGGCUGGGAAGGGCAACCCUGUGCCGGGCCCCCACCUCAAUGGCUUCCCCAUGCCCACCUACUCUUACUUCUUCCCACACAUGUUGGGCAGCAUGUCACCUCCAGCCCUGGCAGGAUUACCCCUCAGUGGCUACAGCACCCCCUCACCUGCCACGAUAGAGACCCAGAGUACCAGCUCAGAGGAGAUAGUGCCAAGCCCGCCCUCGCCUCCCCCGCCGCCCCGCGUCUACAAGCCCUGCUUUGUGUGCCAGGACAAGUCCUCGGGGUACCACUAUGGUGUCAGCGCCUGUGAGGGCUGCAAGGGCUUCUUUCGGAGAAGCAUCCAGAAAAACAUGGUGUACACCUGCCACCGGGAGAAGAACUGCAUCAUCAACAAAGUCACCCGCAACCGAUGCCAGUACUGUCGGCUGCAGAAGUGCCUGGAAGUCGGGAUGUCCAAGGAGUCGGUGAGGAACGACCGGAACAAGAAGAAAAAGGAUGAGAAGAAGCAGGAGUGCACGGAGAGCUACGUGCUGAGUGCCGACACAGAGCAGAUGAUCGACAGGGUUCGCAAGGCACACAAGGAAACUUUCCCGUCACUCUGCCAGCUGGGAAAAUACACUACAACUAAUAGCUCAGAACGACGUGUUUCUUUGGACGUAGACCUGUGGGACAAGUUCAGUGAACUCUCCACCAAGUGCAUCAUAAAGACGGUGGAGUUUGCUAAGCAGCUGCCGGGUUUCACAACGCUCACCAUCGCUGACCAGAUCACCCUGCUCAAAGCCGCCUGUCUGGACAUCUUGAUACUCCGGAUCUGUACGCGCUACACACCGGAGCAGGACACCAUGACUUUCUCAGAUGGACUCACGCUAAACCGAACUCAGAUGCACAACGCAGGCUUUGGCCCCCUCACAGACCUGGUUUUUGCCUUUGCCAACCAGCUCCUUCCUCUGGAGAUGGAUGAUGCAGAGACGGGGCUACUCAGUGCCAUCUGUUUGCUAUGUGGAGAUCGUCAGGACUUGGAGCAGGCGGAGAAGGUGGACGUCCUGCAGGAGCCGCUUCUGGAGGCGCUGAAGAUUUAUGUAAGGAGGAGGAGACCCCACAAACCGCACAUGUUCCCCAAGAUGCUCAUGAAGAUCACUGAUCUAAGAAGCAUCAGUGCUAAAGGAGCUGAGCGUGUCAUCACCCUGAAGAUGGAGAUCCCUGGCUCCAUGCCGCCUCUUAUCCAGGAGAUGCUGGAGAACUCAGAAGGUCUGGAAAGCGGGGCAGCAGGUGGCCGGCCCAGCGGCGCCCCCCCAGGCAGCUGCAGCCCCAGUCUGUCACCGAGCUCUGCCCAAAGCAGUCCAGCCACUCAAUCGCCGUGAUAACGGCCCCUCUUUUUAUUUUUCCACACAAUGCUCUCUGCCUCCUUCCUUGACGUUUCUACGGGGGUGGGGGGUGAAGGAGGUGAAGGAGGGGGGAGUUUGAACCUGAACCUUUAACCUUCUCCUCUCCUAAGACACAAACCCCACCUCCUGAUCUGCUUCUCCUCACUCUAGAGCUUUGUGCUGAUGUGAGGGGAGGUGAGGCUGAGGCAGGAUAGGGGGACCUGGAUGCCUCCAAGAGACCACACGGAAAACACUGCUGAUGACUCCUCCUCCUCCUCCUCAUCCCCUCCCCUGCUCCUCCCUUCUUCUCCAACAGACUCAAGAGAGAGCGGGUGGAGCACUCUAGGAUGGAUGUAUGAACAAGGACAAAUGCAUACAGACUGACUUGACCAACACCAGACACUUUUUUUGUUGUUCUCUGAGGCAGACUGCAAGCCCCCCCCCCCCCCUUCAAAGACUCUGGGUCUCUUUUUCCAACUUCAAAAAAACAGAUUUCGUACAGAAGAUAUAUAAAUAUAUAUAGAAAGUUAAGGAACUAUUGUGAUUGACAUGUCCAGAGCGGAGCUACAGGUCGACAUGAGGACAUGUUUUCUGAGAUUAUUACUUGUUGUACUCCUUCACUGUUUCAAUCUUUUCAUACACAUCGAGAGUAUUGAGAGAGACGUUUCAGUUUUAUCACAUUUGUACAUUAUUCUAAUGAACAUAAAGCAAAAGAUGUGUCUCUCCACAUGCGAACACAUGCAGACAGAAACACACACACACACACACACACACACACACACACACAAACGUGCACAGAAAACAAGUUGCAAUGAAUAUCACCGACUAUUCCAAGUUGGAUUUGUUUUCCUUUUUUCUUUUUCUUUUUUUUUUUGCUUCCAAGAGAAUGGAAAAAAAAUGAUUGUAUGAACUUGGUUGUAUAAUAUGGUCACAGGUCCUUUCAAGAAAUCAAAUUAAUGAAGAUUCAUUAUUAAGGUGUAUUUUAAGUAGCCUUUGAGUUUGUGUAUAUAAGCUGUAUUCAUUUCUUUAAAACUAUGAAGAGUUUUAGGCUUCACCUGAUUUUUUUUUUUUAAGAAUACCUUUUAUGUGUUUUGUUUAUAGGUUUGUGAUGCAAGCAAAGACUUUUAUGAGCACAUUUUACUGAAGGAAGGUCUUUCAUGUUUUGUGUCCUACUAAAUACUGAACAGACCCUUAACCAAUCACUGGCUGUUCAGGAUGUGGCUUUCACAAACGAUUUCAACCUUUCCCUCCCCUCCCCUGCCUUCACUUUUAAAAACCUGUUUUUUAAGAACAGUAGAUAACAAAGUAGCACUCCAGUCGGGGCAUAGCUUUUUUUUUGGCAAUGUAGCAGAAAGAGAUGGUGGAAAAUGGUUCAAGUGAGCAAACCAGCUUCAAAGAGUUAAAAUGUGAAGAAUGGUGUACACACACACUGUAUUAAACACGAGAGAGUCUCUGUAUUCUCUGAAUGGAUCGAUAAACUACAGUGGAUGAGAAAGGACUAGAAUGUAGUGAUCUCCCUCCGCUCCGUCAGACAACGAAGGUCCGUAAUGUUUGUCAACCAAACCCUCACAAAUCUCCCCCAGAAACCUGUGGUAAAAACAACUAUGUGACUUUUUUGCCGAUUACAGAGUAAACCUCACCCUGUGACUCACUUUUACGCCAAAACGCCUUCACCGCUAAAACACACACGUCAUCCAAACCAUCGUUACUGUACACACGCCAAUGUCUCAGGAAGGAAUCAUUUUGUGUGCUUGGCCUGUUCUUUGUAUUUGUUCUGUGCUGCACCUCCUACCCCUCCUUUCACAGAUGCGCACACACACACACACACACACACACACACACACACACACACACUUCUGCUACUGAGCCCCUGAAUUUUUUUCUUCAGUCACUUCAUUUUGUUAAAACCUGGCAGACCAGGAAUUGUGCAAGAGAGACCCCGACCCUGACCCCCUGCAGACGUAACGACAUAGGAUGCCAGUGUGGAGUCUCUCUAAGUCGUUCAUGUGUUUGUUUUUAUUUGUACGGUCAAAGCUGCUUUUCAUCAUUUACAGUAGGACUUCACCUGUCCAGAACAGCGCACAACGUUUUCCCUCCACGGCUAAUCUGGAAUAGCAACAGACACAGCGUCAGUUUGAGAAGUAUGGAAUAUGUUGCAAUUUUUGUCAAGAUUAUCAAGCGACUUUGGAAAAAAAGAAAACAACAAAAAAAGAUUUAAAAAAAAUAAAACCAACAUUUAAUAAUUA